AUGUCAGAUGUGAUCAACAACUUAGAGCAGAACUUGAUUGUCAAAACCGAAAUUGCUGACAGAUGGCAUGCUUCAUUUGAUAAAUUACAACUGUCCAUUUUCCACAAUGCCAAAAACAACACCACUAUCUCCCCAUGUGGCAGACGAUACACAGACGACAUCAAAGAAUUCUCUCUAACAUUAUACUUUUAUUCACCAAAGGCAUAUGAAUAUGUGAG